GCUGCCGGCUGCCGCGCUCUCUCCAAAGAGGGAUCAAAAGCUUGCCGCUGCGGAGUUCCCUUCUUCCCAGUUAUUUUCCCGUUCAUUUUUUUUUCUUGUCCCUCUUUCUCCGGUUCGCCGACUGAAACAUGGCGGCCGCUGUGAUCAGUUCCGUCUGCUUCUUGGCGGUCUUGCUGCGUGGCACCAUCUGCGCUGGCCCGAACCGAACCGAGAGAGUCAGGAUGCCAGAACCCACCCCGUCCCCGACGUCAUGCCGCCUGCUCCCGUUCUCGGGCCACCGGUCCCCGGACGGCUCGCUGUACGCCCUCAGCGCCACCAAGAUCUGGACGCUGUCUCCGUCACCGCCGGUCAGCAGCAGAGGAGGAGGCGGCGGCGGCACCGGAGGGGGCGCCGUCUGGCGGGACUCGCCGUUGCCCCAGAAGCUCAGCGGCGACGCCUGGCGAGUGGUGUGCGCCAGCGACCGCCACGUGCUGCUGUACGACGGUGUUCACGCUUUCUUGCACACGCACCGCGUAUCGGCCUGGAGGAACGUCACGUUGGGACAGGCGCGUGGCGGCACGCCGGCAACGGCCGCAAUCUGGUGCACUCCGGACGAGAUCCAAAUGCUCAACCUCAAGACCGGCUCCCUCACCAGGUUCCUCGGUGACGGCCACAUCAACGUCACCGAGUCCACGAGGCUUCCGGUGCUGCCCGCCAGGAAGUCACACACACACACAUGGUACCACCGGGACCAAGUGUACGUCAUCACGGACAAGUACCAUAACGGCACCGCCCUCCUCAAUAGUACCACCAUCCUCUGGAAGGCCUCAGGACUGACCGUGUACAAGAACUGGAACGUCGCCUCCCAGUGGAGCCAAGGCACCCCCAAUUACCCGGACUCUCUAGCCAAGUCCUAUUCCUGGACUGGAGGCGAAGACCUCUGGCUGUGGAGGGAGCUCGGAACUGACUGUGAGCUGUGGAGGUUCAACGUGACGGCGCAGUCCUGGACCACGCUGAGGAGAGAACACGUCUCGCCGGCACAUGGUCGGCCCGUGCUCGCCUGGUCUCGAAAGAGCGACGACGCGCCGUGCCUCGUGUUUGCCGACUCAGCGUGCGACUCGAUGCCCUACACGUACUGCCUGACGAGUACCGAACUCGCUGGCGGCCAAGCUACCACAACGUCCGUUGCCUCACAAGCCAACACGACGUCCGCUGCUUCUCAAGUGGACACGGCAACUGAAAUCUCGUCCGUGACGCCUCACUACACCACUUCGGGCGCAAGGACAGACGCAGGGACGCCGCCCGCUGUGACGACGUCACCAGCCGCCACAACACGCGACGUCACGACAACAACGUCCGUGAAGCCAACGGGGGUGACCUUGACGUCGGACACUACAUCGCCGUCCACGACGACGACCACAGCUAGCUCUCUUACGACCAAGGCGAUUGCUGGUGAAGAUGCCAGCUACUCCGUGAUUGAUUCUGACCAGUCCAAGUGGCACCAGCGGAAUUCGGGCAUCUUCGGAUCAAUCAUCUUCUUCGGGACGUCAAUCACCAUAUUCACCAUCGUCGGCGUCGUCUGGUGCAUCCGACACUGCGUGCAUUUCCCUAAAGAGGCGCUCUUGCUCAGGGACCCGCCUUCAGUGAGAUACACGGCCAUUCCCGACACGAUUGCGUGAACGCGGGCUCGGCGAGAUUUGAAUGUCAGCCUCCGCGUAAGCCUAUUGGCAAGCUCUAUUGUCAGUAGCAGCCUUCGGUACAGGGCUUUCCCCUGAAAACAAAGAUACUGACUGUGUCUGGGCCACGGCGGUCACAGACGAGGAACUGCGGCGGAAGGAAGACGCCAAACACCAAACGACAACUUCCGGUUUGCCAAGAACAGCCGCCAUCAACGCGAGGCAAAAUUGCGACUUCGUGUAUUCGUACAAUCUUUGCGUCAAAACAAUGCGAAAAGGACAUAGGCAAGCACUCGAAUGCUGCCCGUGGUUCGCAAAAGUGUGAGACGCACAUUUGUCUUCGGCCCCACUUCUCUGCUAUGUCUGUGUUUUUGAUUUAUCUUAUUUUCGUAGAUUCCCUUAUCAUCAGUAUUGGGCCACUCGCAGAAUUUUCAAAAGUUCAAAGCGAUCCAUGGCCCUUUUUACGUGCGCUUUAAAGGUAGCACGAAAAUUAACAGCACAGCCACCUUUUUCUAUUUGCAAAAAAACAUACCGCCUAAUGUUUCCUGAAUCUCUCUGGCUCGAGCCAACGAAAUGAUGGGUAGCCAGAAGUCGUCACUGAUGGAGUACUUUCUUGCCAAAAGUUUUAAAAUGUUCAUUAGGACAUGGGUAAAGGUAAUUUAAUUUUUUUUUCGCCCUAUGUACUCGUAUUUCCCUCAAUUUCGGACCGCGGGGUACCGUUUGCGUCAUGACCACGUGACUCUGCCUUAAUUUCACUUAAUUUCCGGCUUAUAUUUUCGUGUCAUACUAAUAUCGGAGAUAUUCUCGUCUUGUGACACACGUUCCGGUUUCACUUGUUUCCGAUCCAUGUGUUCACUGGCGGCCCGUAACAGUAAUCUACGUAUAACAGACUUUAGAUUUAUGACGCCAUGAAUGGAACGCAAGCGCGCGUCAUUGCGAGCUUUCAAGAAAAAUAGAGAGGAAAGGGCUAUUUAUUUAAAAGCAGGGAUGUUUGUGGGCGUAGAAGUAUUCGCCUACGUGCUACUCUGCAAAGGAUCUGUCACGCGUGCAUGUGUGUUUUGCACAAGUGCAUUUGGCCAAGUCGUGUACGCGACCUACGGGGUCUGCAGUGUUCACUACAGCUAAAGAGCGUUAAAGUUUGAGCAUCUUUUAUAUCGACACGUUAAACUCACACAAUCUUACAGAUAGAACGGCUCCAUUGACAAAUAGCUAAAAUCAAAUCAACAACGUGAUGAUAAUGCACGAGAAACAAUCUGCAGCCAAUACUUUGCGCUUCCAGACUCAAAAAGCACAGUUUCAAUCCACCGGGGUAUUUUGAGAGUGAUGUUUUAACAUAUCAAUGCAUUCCGAGUGUACACUGAUACAUUCAGGUCUCGCCAUGACCUUCUUUCAUGUUGUCAUAUCAUGGGACAAAGAUCGUGGAAACCCUUGCUAAUGCAGCAUGCGGGCCUUAAAGAUCACAGUGCACAAUAAAUUGCACGUAAUUACCUUGCAAUGGUAUUCUAGCAUUGGGUACAUCACGUAUAAGCGAUUACAUGUUUUAUAACAUACCGCAAAACCGGUACUGUUAACAUAGAAGGAAGUUUGCCAGUUAAUGCCGGAACAAAAAAGGAAUAGUGAUCACUACCACAUUAAAACAGUUAGCAAGUCUGGACCAGAUAGUAGUUGGCUGAUCAAUGGGCCACAUCAACGUUGGGAGUACAUCUACACCCCUGUGUCAGCUUUGGUCACGUACCUCUUGGGAUCUAUACUCAAAGACCAAAGGGAGUGCUGAUGACUCCUUCGUGCGAGAGUAAUCGCUUGUCUCAUAUUUAACUCCCUUUUCUACAUAUCGCGCAACUCAAUUCCUUCGUAACCAUCCGCUGCUGUCAGUUGCGUGACGUAUCGCAAACGAAAGGAAACACGUUGGUAGGAUAAUCAAAUUUAGACGUUUGUCGAUCUUUGCUGCUUAUACGGCAGUUCCCAAUUUUGUAUUAAAAUAUAUCUUAGUUAUUGUCUGCUAGUUCGUUGUUAGCCUCUGUUUUUUUUUUUUUCUUCAUUGCAAUUUGUAAUUUCGAGUUUACUGUUCGCUGAUACGCGGAUGAAAUGAGAGCACACGUCUUUUUUUUUUCUCGAAGCAAUUUAAGGCUGUAAUUAGUGCAUUUGAAAGUGCAAACAUGCAAAUUUGCCCAAGGAUCAUGGCGUGGGACAAAAGUAGUAUCUGCGUGUGCGUGUUCCUUUGUCUUCUUCUUCACGUGUUGACGAUCCGGAGCUCCCACGAGCUCGAUUCACCCGAGGAGGAGGAGGAAGAAGAAGAAGAAACUUUUACUGAAACCAGCAGUUUAGUUGGCUGGGCCUAGGCCUCCCACGUGGGGACGUCGAGGUCUUGCCUCUUCGCCGCCUCGCAAGGUCUGACAAAUAUACUUUCAAGUUUUGUGGAAUAUCCUUUUAUUUACAAAGCAAACUUUGCAACUGUACAUAUCAACGACAACCAUGGCUCUGAGUGUGGUUUCGUGUGAAAGUGCCAUAUAUGAUGCUGCCAAGUCGGCGCAAGCUGUUAUUGUUCUGCUACAGCGCACCUUCAUAUAUAUGUUAGCGAGGCCGUUUGCGAAUCCCUUUGCAUUUCCUGCUGCUAUGUUCGCUUGUACGUGUAAAAAUGCUGCUGCAACCGCCCUCGACAUUAUAACCGCAUAAGCGCAGUUCUUGGUGCUUCUAAACGUUGUCUUAGCGCAUUCAUUCGAUUUUAAUCACCGUACCUCACACACCCGAUGAUUAUAAAUGCCGCAGAGUACGUCACAUCAGAUCUGUAAUCACAUCCAGAAUAUUACAACUAGAUAUCUCUCUUUUUCUCUCACUUUUGUUCGAAAACGGAUGUUUAUGCUGCAGACAGCAACAUUUUGUCCCUUACGUACACACACUGCGGCAUGUCCAGCGAAUAACUUGGCAAGCAACUGAAAUUGAAGUCGGAAAGCGAGUUUAGAGUAUCAGCGAAGAUUUUACACCGAUAGCUGUAGCACUUGUCGUGGGCUCUUCAACCCGUUCGAAAUGUUGUCGUUGAAGGUCUGGGUCGCCGUCGCCAAAUCCUUAGAAAAGAUCACGCAUGCGCAAAAACAUCGACUUGGCAUCUGCGCGUCUAUCCCCACGGUCGGUGUAUGUGCGCAUGUUGGGGUCACAAAUCUGGCACACAAUAACUAUACAGUAUCACAAUGUCAUCAUAAGGUCACCACAAACUUGCUACGAAGUGCCCAGAAGAAUACGCAAGAGACCGACAGAAUGUAGCUGUUGUUGUCACUGUAUACAAGCUCGAAGAAAAUUUCAAAAUUUUGCGGUUUCUCUUGUCCCUCAAGCGUAAUCGUCAUUUAUCUCACGUGCGCUUCGUUUCUGUAGUGCUGGUACUUUCAUCACGGCACUUUCCGGUAAUUUCAGGUCACGAAAACAUGCGCGCAUCAGCGCGACAUAGCGUUUUUGGUAGAAAAGUAGCGAGCGCAAAGCGUUAAAUAAAGGAAUUGGGCACGCACGACUGAUGACUGUACUGUUAUGGGACACAAUAACUCCCAAACGGUGCGAAUGCUUUUGGGUGUACUGUAGACUGACAUCGGUGUGCUUAGUUUUUUCUUUUUUCUUUUUUUUUCGCCCGACUUUCUUUCAAUUACUUUAGGAAAGUACGGAUGCUUAUAGAGCCUAUAAUGCAUGAUUUUUCGCCCCUUUUCAGCACUUAUCGAAUCACUGUGCUGCGUUCCAGAAGAAACGACGGGUCAAAUGACGUAUGAGAAGUGAAUAUCCAAAAGUAUAUUUACCAGGCAAUGAGCUCUCUGCCAAAACAUGUUUUUCCCGGGUUUUCGGCAAUCCAGAUGGUGCGUAUGCUUUAAGUUUUAGAGACGAAACAGCCUUGAUGCGCGAAAGCGGUGAUGCGAAACAUGAUGUCGAAGUUCCCAUGGUGACGCAAUAGUGACGUGAAGGAUGACCUCAUAAUUUCAUAUCGAUGUAACCGUGGCAAAAAAGAUGACCUGAUGGUUCCAUCGCAAUGCACGGUGACGUGAAAGAUGACAUCAUGAUUCCCAUCGUGAUGUCACCAGCAUUGUAUCUUUCCGUUGUGAGUAGCGGCUGUGCCGUGACCUGUCGCGAUUUUUCCGCAGUGCCAAUAUGCCGAUCGGGUGUUCAUGUUCCUGAGUUCAACUGUGAUGUUGUAGCCUGCCCAAGAAACUUGCAGUGUUUGUUUAUUUUGUAUGUAUAUAAAUGUGUUUACCAGGUCAAUGACUUUUGAGCCUGAAUAACUUUCAUUCAUUUCCUCUCGGGCCCGCACAGGCGCUACAGAGAGGAGUGGUGACAACA